AUGAACGACGAAAUGCAAUUUACUGAAAGAGCGUUAAAUGUUUUGACUAUUGGUCAAAAGUUGGCUACUGAUCAUCAGCAUGCUCAAUUACAACCAAUUCAUAUUUUAGCUGCUUUUAUCGAGACUCCUGAAGAUGGUUCCACUCCGUAUCUUCAAAAUUUAAUUGAAAAAGCUCGUUAUGACUAUUCGAAUUUUAAAAAAAUUGUAAACAGAACAUUGGUUAAAGUUCCACAACAACAUCCAGCUCCAGCACAAAUUACUCCUUCAUAUGCACUUGGACAAGUAUUGCAAGAUGCUGCUAAGAUUCAAAAACAACAAAAGGACUCCUUUAUUGCUCAGGAUCACAUCCUAUUUGCACUAUUAAACGAUGCUUCCAUAAAACAGCUGUUUAAGGAAGCUCAAAUUGAGACCGAAGCAGUCAAACAACAAGCCCUUGAAUUGAGAGGUAACCAAAGAAUAGAUUCCAGAGGGGCCGAUACAAAUACACCACUAGAAUACUUGACCAAAUAUGCAAUUGAUAUGACAGAAGAGGCCAGACUAGGUAAGCUGGAUCCAGUUAUCGGCAGAGAAGAAGAAAUUAGAGGCACAAUCAGAGUGCUAGCAAGAAGAAUCAAAUCCAACCCAUGUUUGAUUGGUGAACCGGGUAUCGGUAAAACUGCCAUUAUCGAAGGUGUUGCGCAAAGAAUUAUCGAUGAUGACGUUCCAACGAUCUUACAGAACUCUAAAUUAUUCAGUUUAGAUCUAGCGGCACUAACUGCUGGUGCUAAAUAUAAGGGUGAAUUCGAAGAGAGAUUGAAAGGUGUUAUCAAGGAAAUUGAAGAUUCGAAAGUUUCCAUUAUUUUAUUCAUUGACGAAAUUCAUAUGUUGAUGGGUAACGGUAAAGAUGAUGCUGCCAACAUUUUGAAACCAGCUUUAUCAAGAAGCGGGUUGAAGGUCAUUGGUGCUACCACCAACAACGAAUACAGAUCCAUUAUUGAAAAAGAUGGUGCUUUUGAAAGAAGAUUCCAAAAGAUUGAGGUUUCAGAACCAACAACCAGACAAACUGUUGCCAUUUUAAGAGGGUUACAACAAAAGUAUGAAAUCCAUCAUGGUGUAAGAAUUCUAGAUAGCGCUUUAGUUACUGCAUCUCAAUUAGCCAAAAGGUAUUUGCCAUACAGAAGAUUACCUGAUUCUGCCUUGGAUUUAGUUGAUAUUUCCUGUGCUGGUGUAGCUGUUGCAAGAGACUCCAAACCAGAAGAAUUAGAUUCUAAGGAACGUCAAUUGCAAUUAUUGCAAGUCGAAAUCCAAGCUUUAGAAAGAGACAAGGACGCUGACUCAACGACCAAAGAAAGAUUGCAAAAGGCUAAGCAAGGUGAAGCCUCUUUGAUUGAAGAGCUAGAACCACUAAGAAAACGAUACGAAGAAGAACGACACGGUCACCAAGAGCUAACCGAUGCCAAGAAGAAAUUAGAAGAGUUAGAGAACAAGGCAUUGGAUGCGGAAAGAAGAAACGAUACAGGCACUGUUGCUGAUUUAAGAUAUUUCGCUAUUCCAGAUAUUCAAAAGCAUAUCCAAGAAUUAGAAGACCAGGUUGCCGACGAACAAUCUCGUGCCGGUGCCAAUUCCAUGGUGCAAAACGUCGUCGACUCUGACACCAUUGCUGAGACCGCUGCAAGAUUAACUGGUAUCCCAGUGAAAAAACUAACCGAGAGUGAAAAUGAGAAGCUAAUCCAUAUGGAGAAGGACUUAUCCUCCCAAGUUGUUGGCCAAUUGGAAGCAGUCAAAGCAGUCUCGAAUGCUGUCAGAUUGACAAGGUCUGGCCUAGCAAACCCAAGACAGCCUGCUUCUUUCCUAUUCUUAGGUCUAUCCGGCUCCGGUAAGACUGAAUUAGCCAAGAAGAUUGCCGGAUUUUUAUUCAACGACGAAGACAUGAUCAUCAGAGUCGAUUGUUCUGAACUGAGUGAAAAACACUCUGUCUCGAAAUUAUUAGGUACCACUGCCGGUUAUGUUGGUUUCGAAGAAGGGGGGUUCCUAACAAACCAACUUCAAUACAAGCCAUACUCUGUGAUCUUAUUUGACGAAGUUGAGAAAGCCCACCCUGACGUACUGACAGUGCUGCUACAGAUGCUAGACGAUGGUAGAAUUACGUCAGGCCAAGGUAAGACGAUCGAUUGCUCCAACAGCAUCAUAAUCAUGACCUCCAACCUGGGUGCUCAAUACAUCCAACAACAACCGGGCUCUAAAGUGCAAGAAGCCACAAAGGGCCUAGUAAUGGCUGCUGUGAAACAACACUUCAGACCAGAGUUCUUGAACAGAAUUGCAGCAAUCACAGUAUUCAACAAACUAUCAAGAAAGGCUAUUCACAAGAUUGUCGAUAUUCGUUUAGAUGAACUCCAAAAGAGAUUCGAAGAAAACGACAAGCAUUAUAAGCUGGAGUUAACCGACGAAGCCAAAGAUUUCCUUACGAGAUUCGGAUACUCCGAUGAUAUGGGUGCUAGACCAUUGAACAGAUUGAUCCAAAACGAAAUCCUGAACAAACUAGCAAUUAGAAUCCUAAGAAAAGAAAUCAAGGAUAAAGAGACUGUCAAGGUAGUGUUGAACAAGACUGAGAAUGCAUCCAAUGAUAUUGUUGAGAGUCUGGAUGUGUUGCCAAACCACGAAGCAACGAUAACCGAUGGUUUAGAUUUCGGUGAGAUGGAUGAUAUUGAGAUGGAUGUUGAACCAAGCAUAGACUUGGACUAG